CCACAAGAAGAACUCCAUUUCCCAGAAUGCGUCGCUUCCGGUGCGUCUUCCUGCCAUAUUGCUUUCGUCUGAACGCGCUGGUGUUGUUUCGGCCCGUGCGCUGAAAAUUGUUGCAGGCAUGACUCAGACAGUUCAAACCAACGGGAUUCAGUCUCUCAGUAAGACCUGGGAGCUGAGUCUGUAUGAGCUGCAGAGAACACCACAGGAGGCUAUAACAGAUGGGUUAGAGAUAGCAGUGUCACCCAGGUCCUUGCACAGUGAACUCAUGUGUCCCAUCUGCCUGGACAUGUUGAAGAACACAAUGACAACCAAAGAGUGUCUGCACCGCUUCUGUGCUGAUUGUAUCAUCACAGCUUUGAGAUCUGGUAAUAAAGAGUGUCCUACCUGUCGUAAAAAGCUUGUUUCUAAGAGGUCCCUUCGUCCAGACCCAAACUUUGAUGCUCUGAUUAGUAAGAGGCAGGCCCAAGCAUCAAACGCACCAAAACAAGUGAUGACAGCGGUUUGGACAUGGAUAAUACUGCUGAGAACGGGGGCGGGGACUCUGUAAUUGAUGGCGGKACCAGCGAAAUCGAAUUGGUGUUUAGACCUCAUCCCACAUUGAUGGAAAAAGAUGAUGGACARAACAGUGUGGAGUUUGUGCCGCGCUACAUUAAGACAUCAGGCAACGCUACAGUGGAUCAUCUGUCUAAAUACCUGGCUGUCCGACUGGCUCUGGAGGAGCUGAGGAGAAAUGCUGAAGCCAGUCCUGUUAAUGUGGAGGCAGCGUCUGAGAAACAGUACACCAUCUACAUCCCUACUGCUGCAAACCAGUUCACU